UUCCAGUUCUGUAACCCCCCUCAGCUUUUAGGAGAGCGCAUGGGAUUUUUGCAAUGGGAAGGUGGAGGUUGAUGUGGCAGCCCUGGGGCUGCAGAAAGCCCCCAGUUUUGAAGUCCGCGGUGCUCCACUGCAGGCAUGCCUCGUCUUUCCCGCUCCCCCGCCAGCCCCUGCCCUCGCUGGCCCAAACCAUGGCCCGGUACCUGCGUUCCCUGGAGCCCCUGGUGAGCCCCGAGGAGCUGGAGCAGACGCGGCAACUGGUGUCGGAGUUCGAAGCGCCGGACGGAGAGGGCGAGAGGCUCCAGGCACGGCUGCAACGCAGGGCGGCUCGCAUGGAGAACUGGAUCACGGAUUGGUGGGUUCAGUCGGCCUAUCUGGAAAGCCGCCUCCCGCUGGCUGUUCACUCGAGCCCGGCUGUUGUGCUGCCAAAGCAGGAUUUUAAUGAUUGGAAAGGUCAACUGAGGUUUACAGCAAAACUCAUUGCUGGUGUGCUGGAUUUCAAGGCCAAGAUUGACUACCAGACCCUGUUGGUUGAAUAUUCCCGGGGCUACCCUCUCUGUAUGGAUCAGUAUUCCCGCCUCUUCGCCUCGUGCCGACUUCCAGGACCAAAACACGAUUCCGUCUUGCUGCCUCCUCCAGGCCGGAGACCCGCCACCUACAUAACCGUAGUCCGCAACUUCCAGUUCUUCCAGCUCGAAGUGUACAACAGCGAUGGGACGCCUCUCACUGUGGAUCAGCUCCACUGGCAGCUCGAACGGAUCCGUGCCCAGUCUUGGAAGACGGAUAAGGAGCCCCUGGGCGUGCUGACCAGUGACCACCGACACACAUGGGGACAGGCCUACACCACUCUAAUGAGAGACAAGCUAAACCGGGAAUCGGCGCGUGCCAUCCAGCGUAGCCUCUUCACUGUCUGCCUGGACGCGCCUGUCCUGAAGGUGUCGGACGCACGCGCGGCAAGCCGUCUGGCGGCGCAAAUGUUGCAUGGCGGUGGCAGCCACUCCAACAGCGGCAAUCGCUGGUUCGACAAGACUCUGCAGUUCAUUGUGGGAGAAGAUGGCUCCUGCGGGGUGCUUUAUGAACAAGCCGUCGCUGAGGGGCCCCCCAUUGCCACCAUCAUUGACCACAUCCUUGACUACUGCAAGGAUCCUGUCCCAGUACGUGCCCCGCUGAUCCCUCUACAAUUGCCCAAAAAACUCUACUUCUACUUCACUCCAGAAAUCAAACGUGACAUCGAGCAUGCCAAGCAAAACCUGGACAUUCUCAUCACCGACCUGGACAUCAGCUGCUUCACUUACCCUGGGUUUGGCAAGGAACUGCUCAAACGCCACAAGCUGAGCCCAGACUCUGUCCUGCAGGUGGCACUGCAGCUAGCCUAUUACAGGGCACAUGGGGAACUGUGUCCUACCACUGAGUCGGCCUCUCUCCGUCGCUUUCACCGUGGCCGAACGGAGACCAUACGCUCCACUACCUCUGCUGCGCUGGCCUUCGUCCAGGGUAUGGCUGAUGACAACUGCCAGGCCCCAGAAAGACUGUCUUUGCUGAAAAAAGCAGUUGAGGUCCACAGCACCCUCACAGAGCAGGCUCUGGAUGGGCAAGGCAUCGACCGCCAUUUACUGGGACUCAAACUGGAGGCCAUUGCCGAUGGCUUCCGUGUGCCCGAGCUUUUUAUGGACACUUCCUACGCUGUGGCCUCUUACUGGAAACUCUCCACAGGACAGGUCGCUGCCCGCACGGAUUGUGUGAUGUGCUAUGGGCCGCUGGUGCCCGACGGCUACGCGGUCUGCUACAACCCUUUGCCUGCCCACAUUAACUUUGCCGUCACUGCCUUCAAUUGCUGCGAGGAGACCAAUGCGGAGCAUCUGGCUGGAAGCCUCCAGAGCGCACUGGAUGACGUGGGGGCCUUGCUUGGGAAUUUUGACAGCGGAAGCUAUGACAGACAACCUUGAGAAACACUCCAUACCUCUGUUUCUUCUGCUCAGACCAAACUUUGGCUAACAGAGAAAUCUUUCUGCCUCAGACCAUUACUCAUUACCCCUAAUUCUGUAGGCCUCAGGCCCCAGAUCUGCGCCCUGCCUUCCUUAGUGCCAAAGCUUUGUGACCCAGGUAACUUCUGAGCUUUCCUGAUGACACUCCGUACCCAUAAUGCCCUUCGUAUCCUUCAGAGGGAAACACUGGGGAGGCAGCCGUGCUUCUUCUUCUCCUUUUUUUUUUACACAGUCUUAAUUCAAAGCCAAAUCUAAUUUAUUUCCAGAAUAAAGAGAGAUUCUUUCAAAAAAA